UCUAUUGCUGGUCUCCAGGAAGAUUAUUAUAAUUUGUGUAUGGAAAAAUCCCAGAAAAUUAAUCCUUUUAUAUCGCAUAUACUCCAAGAAGUGGAUGAAGAAGUUAAAAAGGGGCUACGCAGGGUUUUAAGAGAUCUCUGUCUUGGCCAGCACGAUUUCAUGGCAGCGGAGAGUGACACGGAAUUGCCUAGCGGGAUACCCCGGGCCCUAGCCCCGCAGCUGAGCCCCCCAAACCUCAGGAACUCCUCCCUGCAGAGGAGCCAGGGCGCCCUCCCUCAGUGUGCCUUUAACCCAGAGCGGGGGCGGCGCAGAGGAGCCUGCACAGAAUCAGCGGUCACUGCCUGCCCAGUGAGGCCUCAGGGCCCGGGCGGGAAUGACCCAGGACAGCGCCGCGGCUGGGCUCGGCGCUCUGGGCCGCGCUGGCGCUCGGUGCCCCGCCCCCAGCGGCACGCGCGCGGUCGCCUUGGCAGCGCGGCGGCCGCGGCCUGCGGAAAGAAUACAACUCUGAAAUACCUAAGAAUGACUGGAAACAAGAUUGAAAAUAAGGGUGGAAUGUUUUUUGCUGCAAUGCUGCAAAUUAAUUCAUCCUUACAGAAAUUAGAUCUGGGUGAUUGUGAUCUGGGGAUGCAGAGUGUGAUAGCAUUUGCUACAGUACUAACCCAAAACCAAGCAAUUAAGGGAAUAAACCUUAACCGACCUAUACUGUAUGGAGAACAGGAAGAGUCCACAGUCCAUCUAGGUCAUAUGUUGAAAGAAAAUCACUGCCUUGUUGAACUACACGUGUGUAAGCAUGGUAUAAAAAACUGUGGUUUACAACGGUUAUGUAAUGCACUGUAUCUGAACACUAGUCUACGUUACCUUGAUGUCAGCUGCAAUAAAAUAACUCGUGAUGGAAUAGAGUAUUUGGCUGAUGUACUGAAAAGCAACACUACCUUGGAAGUAAUAGAUCUUUCUUUUAACAGAAUAGAAAAUGCAGGAGCAAACUAUCUCAGUGAAACUCUUACUUCACACAACAGGAGUCUUAAAGCGUUAGUAUGGUUUUAUAUUUAA